AUCAGUGUUCUCAGGCAUCAUGUAAAGACGGAAAGGCAAUGGGGGUGCCUCAAAACCACAGGGAGCUACCGGCGGGCAGCUUGCUGCCAUUUAAAUGCAGAUGCUAAGGCAUAAUAAAGAGUCGUUACAAACAGGUCAAUCUCCGCACGAAGCAGCAGCAGCAGAAAGCAGUCCGUGGCUGCAGCGAAGCAGCAAAGCAGCGCAGAGGAGAGCAGAGCAGCACAGGGAGAGCAGAGCAGGACCGAGGAAAGCAGAGAGCAGAGGAAAGCAGAGCAGCACAGCAUGAGGACACCGAGCAAACCGUCUUUCAGCUCUGGCAUUUAUACAUAAUUUACUUCUCUCCACCUGUGCCCAGAAUAACAAAUUGCUACCCGAAAUCUCCGAGCUGGUGGCGGGAGGCUGCGGGAGUCUCGGUCUCCCGGGCCCCCCUGGCCCUUGGGAAGGCUUCGCGCAUCCUGAGCAGCUCCCGAGAACUCUGCCCCCCCCCCAGUGGGAAGCGGCUCGGCCGUAGCGCCCCGGGAGCAGCCGCUCUGCUGGUCGCACCGGGGCCUCCCGCCCGCCGCCGCUCCGCCCCCAGCCGGGGCCGCGCCGUGCAUCGGGGCGAGCGCAGCGAUCGAGAAGCGGCGGCGGAGCUCUCUCGCCCGGCAGUCAGGAACGGACCGGCUCCGCUGCACCAAGCGGAGCCUCACGGAACGCGAGUGUGCGCCCGGGCCGGGCAUUCGGCAGCGUCGGGGCUCCCGGCGGCCAUGGAGCGAGGCCCCCCCGGCAGCCCCCGCACGGCGCAGGACCCCCGCGCCCCGCCGCGCUGAGCCGCGGGCACCGGGGAGCCGGGAGCGUGUGCGGGGCCGGGCAGCGCUGCCCAGAGCGGCGGCAGGGACGAUCCCGGCGGGACUGGGGCUGUGCGCUGGAGCCGGGAGGCAGCAGGAGGAUCAGCGGGAAGGGCAAGGAGCGGAUUUACCGCCGCCGGAGAUGCGCUGCAGCCGCUGCCGCGCCGCGCUGGACUGGCUGGGGCUGUGCCUGGCUGCAGCGGGAGCUCCUCGGCCGUGACGGAACGGUUUCAGCAUCGCUGUUGGGCAGCUCGGCAGAGCACGACGAUGGCAUCGCCACGGGUGUGCGUGGAGCCCUGUGGCCAGCUGGACGCCUGAGGCCAGCGGCAGCACCACACCAGCUCCUCCCUCUGCCACCGCCAGCCAGCCAGAAGGCACCAAAGUGAUGGGCUGAACUUAUGGGAGGAGAUCCAAGGGCCCGUCGGGAGGAGUGAGGGGCCCGGGUUCGGCAAGGGCAUGGCCAAAGCUUUCUUCAGGCUACAGAAGUUUCUCCGUCGGACCCAGUUCCUGCUCUUCUUCCUCACGGCAGCUUACCUGAUGGCUGGCAGCCUGCUGCUGCUGCAGCGGACGCGCCUGGUGAUGCAGCAGGGCUCACGGGGGACCUCCGCUAGCCAGGCCCUGCCGGUGCUGGAUGGGACGCCCGGGGCUGGGAUGGGAGACCCCAGGACACUGCAGAACCCCCGGCAAGGUGCCAGGCUGCUGGUGGGCACGGACACGCUGCAGGAGCCAGCCCUGGAGCAGUGGCACAGCCCACGCUGGCUUGUGUCCCGCAACCUGGAGCUCAGGCAGCUGAGGAGAAGGUGGUUGCACAGGUUCAUCAGCGACCAGGAGCCCAUGCAGACUGUGGGCUUCAAAGCAAUGAAGCACACUGCUGAGCACAAAGGCACCUAUGUGGGAUGCUUCAGCGAUGACUCGAGGGAGAGGACGCUGAAGGGAGCUGUGUUCUAUGACUUAAGGAAAAUGACAGUGUCCCACUGUCAGGAAGCUUGUGCUGAGAGGGCCUAUGCCUUGGCAGGGCUGGCGUACGGCGCAGAGUGCUACUGCGGGAACCAGCUGCCAGCCAGCGCCGCCAAGCCCGAGGAGUGCAACAGCGAGUGCAAGGGGGAGAAGGGCUCCGUCUGCGGAGGGGUCAACAGGCUCUCUGUCUACAGGGUGGAGGAGCUGCGGGCAGCGGCCAGGCGACGGAGGAAUGUUAUCUAUCGAGGGUGUUUUAGAGCUCCAGAGAAUUUAACAGACACCUUCCCAGCCUCUUUGCUACAGCCCAAUUUGACGGUGGAGAUGUGCUCUGAAUUUUGCUCCAAGAAAGAGUUCCCCUUGGCAGUCAUCCCAGGGCAGGAGUGCUACUGUGGGUACCCCACCGGGCGCUUCCCAUUGCGCCACGGCGCUGAUGGGCAGCUCUGCAGCGCCGGCCAGGCUGGGUACUGCCAGGUCUAUCAGACGCCGGUGCAAGACACUCGCUGCACAGACAGGAAGUUCUUGGCCACCAAAUCCAAAGUCUUCGUUGCUCUGUCGAGCUUCCCUGGGGCUGGCAACACGUGGGCACGGCACCUGAUCGAGCAUGCCACCGGGUACUACACAGGCAGCUACUACUUCGACGGAGCCCUCUACAACAAAGGCUUUAAAGGGGAGAAGGACCACUGGAGGAGCAGGAGGACCAUCUGUGUGAAGACCCACGAGAGUGGCAGGACAGAGAUCGAGAUGUUUGACUCUGCCAUCCUGCUGAUCAGGAACCCUUACAAGUCGCUGGUGGCCGAGUUCAACCGGAAAUACGCCGGGCACCUGGGCUACGCCACCGACCGCGCCUGGCACAGCAAAGAGUGGCCUGACUUUGUCAACAGCUACGCCUCGUGGUGGGCAUCCCACGUCCUGGACUGGCUGAAGUAUGGCAAGCGCCUGCUGGUUGUGCACUACGAGGAGCUGAAGCAGAGCCUCAUCCCCAAGCUGAAGGAGAUGGUGGAGUUCCUGAACAUGACAGUGACUGAGGACAGGCUGCUCUGCGUGGAGAACAACAGGGAUGGGAACUUCAAGCGGUCUGGUGCUAAGCAAAAGGAUUUUGAGCCAUUCACCCAGGAAAUGAAAGAUCUCAUCGACAGAUACAUCCUGACAGUGGAUGAAGCCCUGAGGGAAAGAAACUUCACAGGGCUGCCCAGAGAGUAUGUGCCAAGAUGAUAGCCUGGCAGCACUCUGCUCUGUUUAAAAAUAAAAUCUUUUCUAGAAAAAAAAACCCAAAAAACCCAGAAAAAAAUAGACCAGAGCUUUAGAGCUGCUCGAGCUAAGAUGCUUGUGGAGGCUGCUGAGCAGUGCAAAUUCCCUCCACUCCUGGGUGUUCUUCAGGGCACUAAGUGCUCCAGGAGACAAGCAAUGAAGGAUGGAAAUUGGGUUAUAAAGCAAGGCAAAAAAGCUGUUGGUGUCUACUUGCCUGUGCCACUCCCUGCCUGGAGCCUCCCAGGGAGCAUCUCUGCCUCUGCAGCAGGCACCCACUCUGCCUUCUACCCCUGCUGCCACCACAGACCUGCCUGGGCUACUGGGACUCUGUUAUAAUGGAUGUACCCAGAGGGAGGGGGAAAAGUCUUGGCCCUUUUCAUUGGAGCAGGGCAGAAAUUCAGCUGCUUGCUGCUUCAUACAGCCCAGGAGCUCCCUUCCGCUGACUUUGCUGCUCCAGGCACCUGCCACAGCGGUCCCAGAGGGGCAGGGAGAGAAAAGCACCACUGGGCAAGGGCAGUCAGGAUGCCGGGCAGAAAAGUGCUCCAGGACCAACCCCAGGUGUUCCUGCAGGAUGAGCACGACCACAUGAGCUCUGUAGGGAGGUGGGAGCACAGCAGCAGCCCCCCACAGUGAGGUGCUUGGCUGGGGUCCCAUAGAGUGAAAACACAAAUCCCUGCGUGGCACCAGGACCAAACAGACCCAAGAGCUGGCUCCAGAAAGGUGGGAGAGGAGGGACUGCCAUCCAAGCUGUGCUCAGCACAGGUUUCUGUGACUUCCUCUCCAUACCAGGAGAGCCAUGGUUGGUCACACUGGGGCCAAAUGUCACCACGCUCGGUGCACUUGGUGCUAGAAGCAGCUAUGGCCAGGCAGCAGUGACGUGAGCCUGGACAAGGGGCAACAGAGAUGAUGCCCAGCACAGGCAGGAUGUCACCUGUCAUCCAUGCAGGAAGGCUGGCAGUCCAGUCUGAAAAGUGUUAAGCUGCUCUCCAGAGCCAGCCCUAGCAGCAGUGUGGUUUGUUUCUCACUGUGGUUCCUGUGGUUUGUUCCAUCCCAUGCUGGGCUCUUGUCUGUGGUGGCAGCACAGUGUGGGAUGGCCUCGUGGUCCCUGCCUGUGGGCAGGAGCUGCUAGAGCAGGUCUGAGGUGGUUAAACCACACGACCUAAGGGGCUGCCCUGCUGCAAGAUGCUUUUGUUGGUGUGAAAUAAAGAAUUCCUCAAAGAAUUGGUUGAACCCCCUGGUUUAAAUAAAAGAAGUUUGUGUAAAGGGAGCAGGACUCCCUCUGCCUGUGUAUCAUUGGUGCUGUAAAAAAUACAGGACACAGAGCACA